AUGUCUCGACAGCCGCUGCCAACUCGUCGCAGUGCCGAGGUAGACCUGAUCGAGAGAUGUAACACAAUUGCCCGAUUGUCCCUGAUAAAACAGCGAUUCCUCUUCCAUAUUCUGUGCGAAUCGAUACCACUCAUCGAUCUAGACCUGACUUAUGUAUUCUCUGAACCAGGUAUGCAUCGCAUGCUGGACAUCAUGCUCACUCUGCUACUGUUCGUGGAACUUCAAACUGCAGCCAUGAUGUUUGUAGAGCUGAUUAGUCAGAGCGUUGGGUAA